UCCCUAAACGUGACCACAUUUAAACCAUAGUGCACUCUCGCUUCCUACAUAUCUCGCGCCUUUCCACCCAUGUUCCGCAAUAUUCCCCAACUCUCACUCUCUUCACUCAGCUUUACUUCUCGCCUCCAUGGAAAAUUGCAGGAAAUCUCCAUUGAAGCCAUGGAAGAAAGGUCCAACAAGAGGCAAAGGUGGCCCUCAAAACGCCAUGUGCGAGUACCGAGGUGUUCGCCAAAGAACUUGGGGAAAAUGGGUGGCAGAAAUCAGGGAACCUAAGAAGAGAACCAGACUCUGGUUGGGUUCUUUUGCUACUGCUGAAGAAGCUGCCAUGGCCUAUGAUGAAGCUGCAAGGAGAUUAUAUGGACCAGAUGCUUAUCUCAAUCUCCCCCAUCUUCAUCCUAGCUCCAUUGCUCCUCUAAUUAACAAUAAAUCACAUAAGUUCAAAUGGAUUCCUUCCAAGAAUUUCAUCUCUAUGUUUCCUUCUCGUGGGUUGCUUAAUAUACAUGCACAGCCUAGUGUUCAUGUCAUUCAUCAGAGGCUCCAAGAACUCAAGAAAAAUGGGGUUUUUGGUCAAUCCUCUAAUGUUUCUAGUUCAUCGUCAUCUGAUUCUAGAAACGAAGUAAACAUUGUAAACGACAAAACCCACGUAGAAAAUCCUCCAUUAAUGGAGAAAGAUAUGGAGAUAACAUCAGAGGAGAUGAUGGGAUGCCAUGUUCAUGAGGAGAAACCACAGAUUGAUUUAAACGAGUUCCUUCAGCAGCUGGGCGUACUAAAAGUAGAGAGGCAACCAGAAAACAAUGAUGCCCCAGAAAACUUUAUGGAGAACGAAUCUCCAUUAAAGUAUUAUGAUGAGGAGAACAAUCUUGCAGCCCUGGAAGACAAGAGUUUCAACUGGGAUUCGCUGAUUGAGAUGCAUGGACUUGCUGAUCAUCAUCAGGCAGCAGAAACAGCUACUUUACAAGUUCACGAUGUCCAAGACGACGUCUCUUUCCCAGCUUCCAUUUGGAACUUCUAGCUAGCUAGGAAGAAUAACUACAUAUUUUGAAAAUAGUGGAUUGUUUGUUGCUUUCCGAAUUUUCCAUGCUAGAAUCUAGAAAGCAUUCAACUUCGAUCAUGAGAUCUAGAGAGAAAUUAACUUGAAGAGAGGGAAUCCGAUCACUUGACGCAGCUGUAGUAGCAUCAGUCCAGUUCUUUUGGCCUAUGGUUUGAUGUGAACUUACCAGGUGUUUAUUUGCUUGGCUCACAUUAACUGAACAUGAAUCCUUUUUGUUUCUGUUCCUCCAUUUUAUGCAGCUUUGUUUCUGGCUUGACUAUGGAAA